AUGGGUCAACUCCUUGUUUCUUCAUCGAUAGCUCCUUCUCCUCAAUUCUUCACUUCCACUUCCGAUCAAAAAAUAUUUCCAAAUGAUGUUUGCUUGGAAAUUUUAAAAUUUUUAGAAAAUGGAAAUUUCAUUAUUCGGAAUUGUUCUCUAAUUUCUAAACAAUUUUACAAUUUGAUUGGAGAAUAUUUGAAAUUUGCAAUUGUAUUUAAAAAGGAGAUUAAUUUGAAGAGUUUGGCAAAGAGUCAAUAUUUGAAUCGAAUUGUAUCUUUGAAAACAGUCAAUUCCUUUGAUGGAUCGAUAAUUGAUAAUGUGGAAUUAUGUGAAAUUUUGCAAGGAAUGAAAGAUUUGAAAGAAGUUUGGAUUUAUAAACAAUUGAAGGGAGUUAAAGGAAUUAAAAAGAUUGGUAGUCUGAAACAAUUGACGAUAUUGGAUGUUAGUUAUAAUGAUAUAGGAUAUGGUGGUGUGAAAUGGUUGACUCAAUUGAGUCAAUUGACUGAAUUGAGAAUUGGAAAUAAUUCAAUUUUUGAUGAUGAUAUUAAAAUGAUUUCUGAAAUGAAACAAUUGACUAAACUUGAUCUUUCUAAUUGUAGAAUCAUGGAUGGAGUUCAAUAUUUGAGUAAAUUGGAAAAUUUGACAUCUUUGAGACUUUGUGGAAAUCGAUUAACCGAUGAGAGAGUUGAAUCGAUUAGUAAUUUGAAACAACUAACUGAACUUUAUAUUGGAGAAAAUCAGUUAGGAACAGAAGGAGCUAAAUCCAUUGGAAAUAUGACUCAAUUGACACGUCUCAAUAUCCAACAGAAUAGAAUAUCCCAAGGUGUUAAAUAUUUAGAAAAAUUGGAUCGAUUGACUGAUCUCAAUAUUAGUAAGAACAAAAUUGGUGAUACUGGUGUAAUAAUAAUUAGUGAAAUGAACCAAUUGACUAAACUAACAAUUAGGGAUAAUAAGAUAUCAGAAGAAGGUGCCAAAACUCUAGGCCUGCUACAAAAAUUGACCUACCUCGAUAUUAGUGAUAAUUCAGUCAGCAACGUAACGGCCAACUCCAUGCAAAAGAACAUGAAAAGCCUUAAAUACAAAAUUCUGUUCUAA